CAGCUGAUCACAACAUCAGCUGACUGAUGAGAGAACCUCUGAAGGAAUCUGAAGGAGCGCGUCCUGUCUGUUACUGUGACUGUAAUAGUCCCUUUAAGCAAAGCCAGUUGCCCAUUUUUGCACAGCAAAGUAUGCAAUACUGGAAACAUUUUUGUUUGCAGUUACGUUCCUAGCAUUGGAGGCAAGGCAAGCGAGUGACGCCAGUCGGCUACGAUUAAAGUAGCCUAGCCUGACAGCUCCAUUUUGGCAGUCAACUUGAUUUUGCGAGCAUCACCUUUCAGGACCAACAUGUCUGGACCAAACGGCGACCCCGACAUUAAUAUUGAUGGAAUCAUUGACGACGAUGAUGAAUUCAACGAUGAAGAAUACGCCGCCAUUGACUCCAUGCUGGACCAAAUCAACUCUUGUCUGGAUGACCUGGAGGAACGCAACGACUCACUGAAUGGAAAGCUACACGAGCUGCUGGAGUCCAACAGGCAGGCGCGCGCAGAGUUCAGGGCCAAAAUAAACGAGGGUUUGGCCGAAGGUCAACAACAACAAACUGUGCAGCCCUCAAACGAGGACUCUGCGCAACCUAAAGACAAGGAUGAGUGACAGACGUUGUGCGUGAUGCUGGUGCCCUGUUCCAGUAGUUUGACCUAUUCCAUUGUAUAUUUUAAUUGUGCUCUGUGUGUGCUCCUCUAGCCUGCUGUAGGCCUAUGUUGACUGGCAAGAGGGGAAAACAUUUGUCAUUUUCUAUGUGAAUAGAAACAUCCAGGAGCCGAAAUACGUGAAUGGCACCCCAGUAAAUAUAUUACACUUUUUUUUUUUCAGACGUAUCAGUCCCUCCCCACCUCUGAUCUUAACACCAGCUCUGCACUGAUGGAAUCAUGUAAUGGCCCUUUACAUUUGUAUCCAUCCACAGCCCAGACUAGCUCAUCAGCAUCAUGUGGAGUGACAGCAUCUGUCCAACAUCCCUGGGAGAUGAUGCAUAUGAGGGUACCAGUUAAGAUCAGUGUGGCUCCUCCAAUGUAUUGUAUUGUGUUUGUAUGUGUUAGUUGGCAUAUGUAUUGUACUAUUUAUUCAAAUAAAAUGUCUCAUGGGAAAGAAGGGGAAAAAAGGCAGAAAUGUAAUCAUCAAAUAUUUUUUUAAUAUAAAUUAAAAGGACCCAAAUACAGAAAACAUCCAAAAAUACAUGAGACUUCCAGCUGCUAAAAAACAACACUUUUUGUUCAUUUCUGUUUCAUCAUUUGAAGAAUAAAAAUGUUAUGAAAACCUAUU